AUGUCUCUGCCCAAAACGACCGACUCCUGGGUCAUCCACAGCACCGAGACUUCCGGUGGCUUCAACAAUGUGAAACUCGAAAAGGGCCGGCCGCUUCCAGCACUCGGAGAACAUGACUGCCUAGUCCAGAUCCAGGCCGUUUCUCUAAACUACAGAGACCUCGUGAUACCGAAGGGCUUGUACCCACUCCCGUUGAACCUCCCGGUGGUGGCGUGUUCGGACGGCGCUGGCCGUGUGCUCGCCGUCGGACCCAAAGUCACGCAGUUCGAAAAGGGCGACAAGGUGGCCACCUUGUUCACGUAG